AGAAAUUCUCUGGUUCAUAGUCAAUUUUUUGGCUGAAGUAAGGCAGCCUUGAAAGCGCUUUGCCAGUUGAGGGGCUGAAUAUAGCGUGACGGUACCGAGAUUUGCAAUGAGCUGCAACUUGAUCGAUCCUUAUUCAUUUCCAGCGAUAUAGACAUCAGGGGGUUAUUUGAUCGGCAAUGUAUCCUUCGCAAGAGCGCCUGAAGCAGACCACAGAACUAGUCACGGAGGUCCCUGGUUGCCGACCGCUCAACCGUGAUCAGUCGCUGUACGAGGUGCCAGUGCGAAUGCGCGACGGCCGCAUAACAAACCUGCGCAUCAGCCUGCCGCCAAACUUUCCCCAUGGUAGGCCAGCGCUGUCAGUGACCCACCCCAUCCGGCACCCUUGGGUGGAUUCCGCGGGCCGCCUGUCCUUCCCUGCCCUCGACGGCUGGGCCCCCGGCCGCUCCAGGAUCGCCGCCGUUGUGGCCGAAGCCAGCACCAGCCUCUCGGGGCAGCCCGCCCGCUCUGAUGCAUCCCCUAGCCCCCAGCGGCCCAGCGGCGCCAGCCCGGCCUUGGCCCCGGUGCCGCGGUUGGCGGCGUCGCCGAGCAGAGCGCCGACGGUGCCGAGCGAGUUCCAGGAGCUGGCCGCCAUGAGCAUGGACGACCUCACAGAGUUGCUCUGCGAUGAGGCCAAGUACACCACCUUUGUGCAGAAACAGACCGCCAAAACCCACAUCGCCCAGGUGAAAGCCCAGCUGCGGCGUGGGAAUGCAGAGCUCGCUCGGGCAAACCUGGCAAAGGAGGGCCUAUUGGGAGAGCUGCGGAAUCAGAUUGCCAUCAUCAGGUCAUCGGAGUAUGCGGCAGUGAAGGAGUCAUUUGAUGAGAAGUACAAGCGCCAGCAGGCAGUGAUUCAGCCGCUGCAGCCGUCCGCACUCAUCGCUACUCUUGAUCGAGCCGCCAGCCAGGCCGACAAGGACAGCGACCAGGUGUAUGAGAGCUUCCUGAAGGGCGAUGUCACCGUGGAUGUGUUUGUGCCUCAGUAUGUGAAGGCGCGCAGCCUGUUCCACCAGCGCGAGCUGAAGAAGCAGGCAGCACAGCAGACCCUCUGACAGUGAUGGUCGUAGUGAGCCUAGAGCAAGGCACAGUUUGGAAACAUGGCGUUUUCUAAACAUAUUAAAUACUGCAGAUGCAGACAUUGGCAGUUGCCGUUUUGCAUGGCGUGACUAGCGGGUGGGUGCGGCAAUUAUUGAGGUGGCAUUUGCUAGCCAGAGCUUGCUGCUGGGAACAUCAUUGUUCCAGAUAUUGGGCAUGUACAGUAGAAUGAAACCCUGAACCAUGCAUCGUGUCGUGUACAUUAUCGUCUGUAAUGUCAAAGAGCUGGCCCAAGGGCUAGCCCUGAAAAUAAUUUC